UAACCGGAGCUGCGUGGCGUGGCCGUCUCCCCCUCAGCUUCGGUCGCGGGAAGGGCGCGGGGCGGAGAACUGCGGUCCCGAGAGAAGGAGCGGGAAACGAAAGCGAAAGCGGGCGGUGGUGGCAGUGGCAUUAUGGCGGUGUCGCCGUUGCUGGUGCGGCUCUGCCCCGCGCCCGACGCCGGCGAGAAGGUGUUGCUCAAGCUCCAGAGCUACUUCCAGUCAGGGAAGAGGUCGGGGGGCGGCGAGUGCGAGGUGCGAGCGGGCCCUGUGCCCAGUACCUAUUGGGUGCUUUUCCAGCAGGAGCAAGAUAAGAAGAGUGUGGAAUCUCGCACGGAUCACGUUGUGGAAAUCGGUGCCAGGCAUCUGAAGAUAGUCAUUCAGCGGGAAGAAGGAGACCCGAGCAAAAGCCAGUUUACAAAGCAGGCAUUCCCUAGCUGCCCCAUCCCCGCCGGCUCUUCCCCACCUCCUCAGCAGGAGCAGCAGGCAGCCAAAGGCCAUGGAGACACCACAAGAGAAGUCAUUACCAAAAAGAUAUUUCUUACAGUAUCUGCGACUCUGAAUACGAGUAUGUUCACUGAACAGCAAAAGAAGAGAAUUACCAUUAUAUGUCCAAAUUUAAAGAGAGAAGGAAAUCCUGAUAUUGAUGGAUCUGAGAAACUGACAGGAGAUUUUGAAGACAUUGAAAAAGCUUAUUACUACUUUAAGGAUAUCCUUUCAGGCAAUGACCCAAACCUUGAUUUUACACAUUCUGAAAGUAAGAAUAGUUUGAAAGAUGAAAAUGGUCUGAAUACUGAAGAAGUGAAUGAGUUUAUAGUUCCAUCAGCUCUCUAUGAAUAUUUCAAUCAUACCUGUAAAGAGCAAAUCAAAGAACUACGUGCACGUUUUGGGGUGUGUAUAACAAGUAAAGAUCAUUACAAUGGAAACACAUCAGUAGGCUUUAUUUCUGGUAGAAGUCCUGCAUCAAUACAACAAGCUAGCGAUUUUUUUAUCAGAACUUUUCAGAAAAAUGUGGAAAACCUGAGACAGGAAGAACUUCCAGUUGCAAACAGCUACACAUUAAGUGAGAUAAUAGCAAAAUUAAAUGCUAAGUUUAGUAACCUUCUUGCCAAAGAGGAAGGGAAUCUGUUGCUACUUCGUGGUCCCGCAAGUGAGAUUUUAGCUGCUAAAAAAAUUCUAGCAGAGGAAGGUGAAAACAGCCAAGCUGAAAAGAAUUUGAAAAUGUCAUCUGAACUGUACAAAUACAGGAAUGGAAUUGAAGUUGAUGCUUCUAUGUUCAAGUUGUUUGAGACAAUAUUAAGCAAAGAAAUUGAAGACAUUAAAGACAAGUUUGAUACCACAAUUGAAAAGAGAGAUGUUUCAUAUGACCAGAAGAUGCUGAUAAUAUUUAGGCCAAGGAUCAAAACUUUUGAUAUGUCUUCACAUGCUGCUGAGUGUUUCAUCAAUGCAUUUCACAGUGCCUUUGCAAUGUUAAGAGAAAAACUCAUCAGCUUGAAGCUUUCAGAAGGUCAGAAGAAAAGAUUAAAUAUGUUACUUAACGGGAAGCAAUUGGAAAACCUGCAUGUAAAGCUUAAGAAGGAAGAAGACAAAUUGAUGUUAAUUGGCUUACCAAACCAUCUUUCUGAUGCUGAAAAGUACAUUAUGAACUUUCUUUCCAUUGAAGACUCAACACAAAGUAAAAAUAGGACACCACUGACCUCUGAUCUCAGCUAUCAAGAAGAUACAGGAGCAUCUGAGAAGAAAUACAAUGGCAGGCAAAAGAAUAAUCUUACUUCGGAAGGACCGGCUAAGGCAAAGACAGAAGCAAAUGACAAAGAUACGUGUCCAAUUUGCAUGGAGAUAAUUAAUAACAAAGAAACACUGAGAAAGUGCAAACAUGCAUUUUGCAAAAGUUGCAUCGACCAGGCCAUGACUUACAAGCAAGCUUGUCCUAUUUGCAAUACUUUCUAUGGAGUCAUGAGAGGAGACCAGCCAGAGGGGAGAAUGUCAAGUAGAAUUCUGUCUUCAGCUCUCCCUGGUUAUCCCAGUUGUGGUACUAUUGAGAUUACAUAUAAUAUGCGAGGUGGCAUUCAAACUAACAACCAUCCAAACCCAGGGAAACAUUAUUCUUCAACUUCUCGAAAAGCCUAUUUACCUGACACUAAAGAAGGGCAAGAAAUUCUGCAGCUCCUCAGAAAAGCCUUUAACCAAAAACUGAUUUUCACAGUGGGGGAAUCACGUACUACUGGUGCAACAGAUGUUAUCACAUGGAAUGAUAUUCACCACAAAACUUCCAUGGUGGGAGGACCUACCAACUUUGGUUAUCCUGAUCCUGAUUAUCUGCACCGGGUUCGAUUGGAAUUGAAAGCAAAAGGAAUUGAAUAAAGGAAUUUAUCAACUGUCAACCCUUAAGUGCAGUAACUGAACACGUAGCAGUUAAUUUACUAUUCAAUCGCUAAGAAGAAAUUACUUUGUUCGACUGCUGCACUUAAACCACUUGUAUUUCUCAGUCACCUAAGAAACGUAAUCUUUCUCAUCAAGUGAUAUAUGCUCUUUUUACGCAUCAUUUACUUCCUCAAAUAAUGCUUCUUUAAAUGUGUAACAUUUACAGAAUUUGGGUCUUGUGAGUGCAGUAUCAGUACUCAUUGUACUUGUCAAAUUUCAAAUUGUGUAUCUUAUUUUACCAGUGAAUCUGAUCUGCACUUUUUUCCCCACAAGUCCUCAGCCUGAUCACUACUAGCUUUUAUUUGAUAAAAUGCUUUAGCUUGGUGUUAUUACAUCUAUUAUCAUGAAUAGUAUCAGGUAACUCAUCUGCCUAGAAAAUUUCUGUGCAACUGUUACAGCAUCAGCUGUGAUCAGGCUGAGAUCUUUCACUGAUUUUCCUUUCCAGGGUAGAAAUGGCAGUAGUGGUUUGGGGUUUACACGUUAAAUUAACAUGGAUAAUUUAUGAGAGGAUAUGUGGAUGCUGCUGCGGUGGUUUUAACCUGUAGGAGUGCUAAAUGCUGAGACACCUUUGAGUGAAUGGAAAGUAAAUGGUGCCUGUGGCCAUCUCCGAUCAGGGGGUCCUGGUUCUGUGCCUUCCAUCGCGUUUGAACUUUAAUACAACUUUUAUGUCAGCUUUACAGCUAUAAAACUAUAUUCUUCCAUUGGUUCUAAUAUAUGCUUUAAAUUAUAUGACAAAGAUACCUUGUUGCUGUGCUCUGCACAGUCUAAAUAGCCUUGAUAAUUACCUUUGGGGGGGUGUAAAACAAGAAACUUUUGCAUAGUGCAGCCAUAAUUUUUAGUGAGUUAAACCAUUUUUGUUAGGCUAUUGAAUAUAACCAAUAAAUAAAAUACAAAAAUAC